GGAAAGUAACAAAAAUGUGUACAAUGUUUAUUUAGUUCUCUCCAUUAAAUUAAAAGAUAACGUAGGCUCACAGAUUCAAGAAUUUACACUUCGAAGACAAAUAGCUGGGCUAGUAUGCAGUUUUUCAAGACAACCUCCAGGCGCCGCUGUCGACCAAAAGGAAAAGAAGGGCUCUCAGUUCUGCGCAGUGGUCUGGCGGAGAGCAAUCCUGCUUUGUCGGCGCGCAUCAGAACGCGGAGGCUGCUCCGGGCACCCUCAAGCGCCUAAUAAAAAAGUCCUACCCUCAAAUCUCAACGUCUAGGGUGCCGCCACUCAUUUUUAAAAUAAAGAUCCCGGAGAAACCUUGAAAAGACGCUUCGUGGAGAAUUUGAGCAAUGUGGAGGAGUGCCAGAGAAGCCGAGAAGAUGAAAAGUCAGGUACUGUUUCUCUUCCUGCUGUCUUUGUUCGGCGGGGUCAUCUCCCAACAGAUCCACUACUCAAUUCCAGAGGAACUGGCCAAGGGCUCACGGGUGGGGAACCUUGCUAAGGAUCUGGGGUUCAGUGUCCGAGAGUUACCAGCUCGGAAACUGCGGGUUAGUGCAGAGGAUUAUUUCAGCGUUAGUGCGGAGAGCGGGGAUUUGUUGGUGAGUGGCAGGAUAGACCGAGAGAAGAUUUGUGGACAGAAAUCUGAAUGUACACUAGAAUUUGAACUGGUCACAGAAAAUCCAAUGAAUAUUUUCCAUGUGACUGUUGCAAUCCAAGAUGUUAAUGACAACGCACCACGUUUCCUUACAAAAGACAUUGAUUUAGAAAUCUGCGAGUCAGCCUUACCAGGGGUAAAAUUCUCUCUGGAUUCUGCACAAGAUGCAGAUGUAGAAAGUAACUCUCUGAAGAUAUAUACCAUCAGCCCCAACCAAUACUUCUCUCUGUCAACGAAGGAAAGUCCUGAUGGAAGUAAAUACCCUGAACUGCUGCUGGAAAAACCUUUAGACAGGGAACAUCAGAGCUCCCACCGCCUAAUCCUGACUGCUGUGGAUGGCGGAGACCCUCCUCUGAGCAGCACCACUGAGAUCCGGAUCCACGUCACUGACGCCAAUGAUAAUGCCCCAGUGUUCAGCCAGGAUGUAUACAGAGUUAGCCUCCAAGAAAACGUGCCCUGGGGAACCUCUGUGCUGCAGGUGACGGCCACAGACCAGGAUGAAGGUGUAAAUGCAGAGAUCACUUAUGCCUUCCUCAAGGCCCCAACGAGUACCGGCCUCUUCUUCAGUCUCAACCCAAACACUGGAGAGAUCACAACCAAUGGUACACUGGACUUUGAAGAAAGGAAUCGAUACAUGUUGGGUAUAGAAGCCAAGGAUGGAGGGGUGCACACAGCUCACUGUAAUGUGCAGAUUGAAAUCAGCGAUGUGAAUGACAAUGCCCCAGAGGUGACAUUCAUGUCCUUUUCUAGCCAGAUCCCAGAGGACUCAGAUCUUGGAACUGUAAUAGCCCUGAUUAAAGUGCGAGAUCGGGAUUCUGGGCAAAAUGGUGUAGUGACAUGCUACGUUCAGGAAGAAGUUCCCUUCAAAUUAGAAUCCACCUCCAAGAAUUACUACAAGUUGGUGAUUGACAGGACUCUUGACCGGGAGAAGAUCUCAGAAUAUAAUAUCACAAUCACAGCUACCGACAGGGGCAAGCCUCCCCUCUCCUCCAGCAUCAGCGUCACUGUACACAUCUCAGACGUCAACGACAACGCUCCGGUUUUCCACCAGGCCGCCUACGUGGUCCACGUGCCCGAGAACAACCCCCCGGGAGCCUCCAUCGCGCAGGUCAGCGCCUCCGACCCGGACGUGGGCCCCAACGGCCAGGUGUCCUACUCCAUCGUGGCCAGCGACCUGGAGCCGCGCGCGCUGUCGUCCUACGUGUCGGUGAGCGCGCACAGCGGCGUGGUGUUCGCGCAGCGCGCCUUCGACCACGAGCAGCUGCGCGCCCUGGAGCUGACGCUGCAGGCCCGCGACCAGGGCUCGCCCGCGCUGCGCGCCAACGUGAGCCUGCGCGUGCUGGUGGGCGACCGCAACGACAACGCGCCGCGGGUGCUGUACCCGGCGCUGGGGCCCGACGGCUCGGCGCUCUUCGACACGGUGCCGCGCGCCGCCGAGCCCGGAUACCUGGCCACAAAGGGGGUGGCGGUGGACGCCGACUCUGGGCACAACGCCUGGCUGUGUCUACCACGUGCUGCAGUCAGCGAGCCCUGGCUCUUCAGCCUGGGGCUGCGCACGGGCGAUGUUGCGCACGCGCGCUUGGGCGACAGGGACGCGGCGCGCCAGCGCCUGCUGGUCGCGGUGCGCGACGGUGGCCAGCCGCCGCUCUCGGCCACCGCCACGCUGCACCUGGUCUUCGCCGACAGCCUGCAGGAGGCGCUGCCGGACCUCAGUGACGACCCCGGCCCGUCUGACACGCAGGCCGAGCUGCAGUUCUACCUGGUGGUGGCCUUGGCGGCCAUCUCUGUGCUCUUCCUGCUGGCGGUGAUCCUGGCCAUCGGCCUGCGCCUGCGACACUCCCCCAGCCCCGCCGCCUGGGGCUGCUUCCAGCCCGGUCUGUGCGUCAAGUCUGGACCCGUGGUUCUCCCCGACUACAGCCAAGGAACUUUGCCCUAUUCCUAUAAUUUCUGCGUUGCCUCCCAUUCUGCAAAGACAGAGUUUAAUUUUCUCAACGUGACCCCGGAAGUGGCUGUCCCUCAGGAUCUCCUGAGUGGCGAUUCUUCUGUGGCUGUUUGUGCCAAUAAUGAAGGUCCCCAAAUCGCUGAUGAAUCUUCUUUUUCCUCUCACGGGAAAAAAGACAACCAGAAAUUCAAUCUGAACAAGAUUUUUUCAGCACGAAACCAUGAUUCCGGGACUUUGCGGAAGCUUCAGCCUGGACCCCCGAGAGCUCCCACAGGUAUUGUUGAAGGCACGUUAUCCUGGACCCCAAAGAUCCUAGGGCUCGCCAGCUGUCCUCCCAGGAAAACCCAAGCAGGCUCUUCUGCAGCGGGGCUGUAA